ACAGGAAACUACCUCAGACUCGGGUGAAGGGUCAACUGGCAGGCGCUGCUGAGCUUUGAAACUGCGUUGUGUUAAGGAGCGUGUAGGGAACCGAAGAGAGGGGGAUGAUGUUGAUAUUACGGCCGGCGGCAUUGUGGGUCUCGAAAGGGCGGGUGAUUUUCCAAGGAAGGAGGUUUUCGGAGGCUCUGCCCCAACAAGGUAAAGGCCAUGUUGAUGAAUCUUCACUCCGGCCGCUAUAUAUGGAUGUCCAAUCAACUACCCCUCUGGACCCAAGGGUUUUGGAUAGCAUGCUGCCUUAUCUUGUGCAUUACUAUGGCAAUCCGCACUCUAGAACUCAUGCAUAUGGUUGGGAAAGUGAAACUGCAAUGGAAAAAGCCAGACAGCAAGUUGCAUCACUAAUAGGAGCAGAUCCUCGGGAAAUUAUUUUUACCAGUGGGGCCACAGAAUCAAACAAUAUAGCAAUUAAGGGCGUUGGAAGAUUUUAUAAAUCCAGAAAGAAACAUAUAAUUACAACACAAACUGAACACAAAUGUGUGCUAGAUUCUUGCCGUGCCCUAGAAGCUGAGGGCUUUCGAGUCACUUAUUUACCUGUAAAGAAAAACGGCCUUAUAGAUAUUAAGGAACUGAAAAAUGCAAUAGAACCUGAUACAAGCCUAGUGUCAAUAAUGACUGUGAACAAUGAAAUAGGAGUGAAACAGCCAAUUAGAGAUAUUGGUGACAUAUGCAGUUCCAAUAAAGUUUUUUUUCAUACAGAUGCUGCACAGGCAGUUGGAAAAAUCCCUCUGGAUGUCAGUGAUAUGAAAAUUGAUUUAAUGAGCAUAAGUGGCCAUAAAAUUUAUGGUCCCAAAGCUCUUAUUUCCUGGGUUCCACAUGAAGGCAUGCCACCCCGCCUCCAGAUCUAUGACCAUAAACGAAUUAGCUUAUUAGCUGAUAGGCUAAUCACAAAAAUAAUAUCAGAAAUUCCUGAUGUUGUAAUGAAUGGAGACCCAAUGGAUCGUUAUCCAGGCUGCAUCAAUUUAUCAUUUGCAUAUGUGGAAGGGGAAAGCUUGCUGAUGGCCCUGAAAGAUGUGGCACUCUCUUCUGGAAGUGCUUGUACAUCUGCAUCUUUGGAACCGUCAUACGUAUUGCGUGCUAUUGGAACAGAUGAAGAUUUGGCUCAUUCAUCCAUAAGAUUCGGAAUUGGACGUUUUACUACUGAAGAAGAAGUAGAUUAUACUGUAAAUAAAUGCAUACAACAUGUGAAAAGAUUAAGAGAAAUGAGUCCACUGUGGGAGAUGGUACAGGACGGAAUUGAUUUGAAGAGCAUUAAAUGGACACAGCAUUAAAAUACUUAUAUACCAGACUGCAUGGUUGGAUUAAAUGUUUCUGUACAUUCCUGAGGAAAAGUAUCUCGUUUUAAGUGUGCAGUUCCUGUGUGACUAGUGAAAUGCAUUUUUUUUAAAAAUACAGAGCCUGAAACUAAUUCUAAGACAAGAGUUUUGUUUUGUGCAUUAACUUUCACAUAAAGAAGUAUACAUGGACAUAAAAUAUGCUGACACCAAAGAAGUUGUGGUACUUUUAUUUUUAGGUGAUUUUGUCACAGCUUGGUAUAAUGAGACUUCAGAAUUGUAUCAUUGUGGAAAAAUGGUUGGUGUUGUUGGUCUUCUGUAAGCAUCAUGAGGCCAUUCUGAAUGUAUUUUAUCAUGUUACUUUGCAGAAACAUAUUAUACACUCAGAAAUAAUAUUUCUUAUAGAAAGGAGUUGAUUAAAUCCUAUGUUUACACACUGGUGCUUGUUAUGUAGCAGUGAGCAUGCUAAGCUAACUAAAUCUAUAGAUAUAUUUCCUAUAUAAAGUUCAAAUGAAAGUAAAAGAAUUAAUGUUAUGUAUUUUACACAGUUAUGUAUUUCAUGUAGAAGCUGUACCAAUGCAAUUUUUGUGCUUAAACUAAUAGAAAAGAACAUGGAAUACAAUAAAAAAAACACGCUUUGUCGCAUUUGUAGAUCAAGAGAAAACAUUUGAUAGAGUUCAUAGGAAAAUGUUAGGACAAACACUGACCCAAUAUGAAGUGAACCAGUGGUGGUAUUCUACUGGUUUGGCACGGUUCUACCGAGCCGGUAGCAGCAAUGGGCAGCGGAGACCGAACUGGUUCUCUCCACCACUCUGCUGUUGGGCCCACCCGCCCGCCUGGGCUCCCAUACUCACGUUUAUCCUCUGUUUUUGAAGCGCAACUGCUUUACGUGGCACAGCAGAGUGUCGCACGGCAGCUGCUGAAGUGACUGGGAUAGUGCAGGCUUGCAGGAGAUGAGU